AUGCACUGCGAGGUGGCCGAAGCGCACUCAGACAAGAGGCCCAAGGAGGCACCCAGCGCUCCCGGUCCCGGCCGUGGGCCGGCAGGCCUCGGCGCGCACAUGGCCUUCAGGGUCACCGUGAGCGGUGGUGGCUGUGGGGAUGUGGACCCUCGUGACCUGCUGCCCCGGCCGACAGUGCCACCGCCUCGCGCCCACGACCUCCUCCGGCCCCGGAGCCCCCGAGACUACGGUCAGUCUAAGGCUGCCGCCGGGAAGGUGAACGGGAGCUACGGCCACUGCACCCCAGGCUCGGAGAAGAGCCUGCUGGACCUGGACCUUGCCGAGGGCCUUGGCCCCACCUGUCGCCAGGGCCUGUUUCUCCCAGCAGGAACCCCACCACCCCGGGGCCACCCCCCAGCCUGUGACAGGCUGCUCCAUUUUCCCCACCCCAGCAGGUCACCCAGACCCCAAGCCACGUAUAUGAAUGGCAGCCUCCCGGCCACACAGCACAUCAAGCAGGAGUCCCUGCCUGUCUAUCGGGCCAUGAUGGAAGCUCGGGCACCCCUGUCUGCCCACUGCCGGGCUCCACCGGCCACUGGCCCGCGCACAGACCUGGACCUCCCGGGCCGAGGCCUUGCCAACCCAGCACCUUCCUGCUACCUUCUAGGCAGUGAACCCAGCUCCGGCCUGGGCCCCCAACCUGAGGCCCACCUGCCCGAGGGCAGCCUGAAGCACUGCUGCCUCCUGGGCCUGCCCCCGACCUCCUCAGCCUCCUCCUCACCCCGUGCCUCCUCUGACAUCACCUCCAUCAUCCGCUCCUCACAGACUGCUCUGGUCACCUGCAUAAAUGGACUCCGGAGCCCCCCUCUACCGGGAGAUCUGGGGGCUCCCCCAAAGCGGGCACAGCCCGGCCCUGCAACCACUGAGAGUCACGAGGGCAGUUUGCAACUUGAAUCCUGCCGGAAGGCAGGCUUCCUGAAGCAGGAGCCUGCGGACGAGUUCUCAGAGCUCUUCGGGCCUCACCAUCCGUGCCUGCCGCCUCCUUACCCUUUGCCUCAGUUGCCAUCAGGCCCUGGCCUUGGAGGCCUGGGGCUGGGCCUGUCAGGGAGGGUGGCUGGGCGGCAGGCUUGCCGUUGGGUGGACUGCUGUGCAGCCUACGAGCAGCAGGAGGAGCUGGUGCGGCACAUCGAGAAGAGCCACAUAGACCAGCGCAAGGGUGAGGACUUCACCUGCUUCUGGGCAGGCUGCGUGCGCCGCUACAAGCCCUUCAACGCCCGCUACAAGCUGCUCAUCCACAUGAGGGUGCACUCGGGCGAGAAGCCCAACAAGUGCAUGCCGUUUCCACAGUUCUUUCAUGAGUUUGAAGGCUGCAGCAAGGCCUUCUCGCGGCUGGAGAACCUCAAGAUCCACCUGCGGAGCCACACAGGCGAGAAGCCAUACCUGUGCCAGCACCCAGGCUGUCAGAAGGCCUUCAGCAACUCCAGCGACCGCGCCAAGCACCAGCGCACCCACCUUGACACGAAGCCAUAUGCCUGUCAGAUCCCUGGCUGUUCCAAGCGCUACACGGACCCCAGCUCCCUCCGCAAGCACGUGAAGGCCCAUUCGGCCAAAGAGCAGCAGGUGCGUAAGAAGCUGCACGCGGGCCCCGAUGCUGAGGCCGACGUCCUGACCGACUGUCUGGCCCUGCAGCAGCUCCAUGCGUCCACACAGCUGACUGACAGCGACGGGAAGGGUGGCCGGGCGUUAGGCCAGGAGCUGCUCCCAGGUGUGUAUCCUGGCUCUGUCACCUCCCAUAAUGGGCUCACAUCAGGCAUUCUGCCCCCCACGCACGAUGUCCCUUCCAGGCACCACCCACUGGACGCCACCACAGGUCCCCACCAUCUGUCCCCUCUGCCCACGGCUGAGAGCACCAGGGACGGGCUAGGACCCGGCCUCCUCUCACCCAUGGUCAGCCCACUGAAGGGGCUUGGGCCGCCGCCACUGCCGCCAUCCUCCCAGAGCCAUUCUCCAGGGAGCCAGUCCUUCCCCACGCUCCCCAGCAAGCCACCCUACCCACCCUUCCAGAGCCCUCCACCCCCGCCUCUGCCCAGCCCGCAAGGGUACCAGGGCAGUUUCCACUCCAUCCAGAAUUGCUUCCCCUACGGCGACUGCUACCGUGUAGCCGAGCCAGCAGCCAGCGGGGACGGACUGGCCGGGGAGGCCCACGGUUUCAACCCACUGCGGCCCAAUGGCUACCACAGCCUCAGUGCACCUUUACCUGCCACAGGCUACGAGGCUCUGGCCGAGGCCCCAUGCCCCACAGCGCUGCCGCCACAGCCAUCUGAAGAUGUCGUGUCCAGCGGCCCCGAGGACUGCAGCUUCUUCCCCAAUGGGGCCUUUGACCACUGCCUGAGUCAUAUCCCCUCCAUCUACACGGACACCUGA